CUUAGUCACUUGCCUAUAUGAGAAGGGACCAGAGGUUACAGAAGGAGGACAUGGUUAAGAAUUAAAAGUCAACAGCACUGGAAUAAAGUUAAUAUUGGACUUUGGCAGCCCAGGGACGAAGACAUUCUUUGCAAGCCUUAAGUGUUGUUGUCUACGUCAGCAUGUCAGUGGUAGUACUGAAAAUAGAAUCUUGAAGCUGGGGACAACAGAGGAAUUAUCAAGUUCAUAGUAUGUGUGUUCCUUAGAAACUGUAACAAUGAUGAAGCCUUUAUCUUUUAAAAUUGUCUCAGAACACUUGCUGGGCUGCCUCUUCCUGAGUCUGCUUGUGGGCACCACUUAUUCCAGCACAACAUCCACACUUGAAACGAAUCCGACAGAAACACUGCCAACCGCUCCAAUGACAACUGUUUCAGUGACAAAUUCACCUCCUGAAAAUGUGAACUCUGUGACUGUGGUGACACAAAAUGAGAGCAGUAUAACUCUGAUGUGGGACAAAGUUAACAACAUCUUAACAUACAUCUUACAAUAUAAUAACAGUGGCAAUGUCAUGACGGAAAAUAUCACUGCAUCUUCUGAUGGGGCAUCAGUCACACAUGUGGUCUCUUCACUUACUGUUGGGACAAGAUAUAAUUUCAUUCUCUUCACUGUGUUGGAUGGGGUCAAUAGCACUGGAUUCCCAUUUGAAGCUGUCACAGCUCCUGAAAAUGUGAUUUCUGUGACUGUGGUGACACAAAAUGAGAGCAGUAUAACUCUGAAGUGGGAGAAAGUUAACAGCAUCUCAACAUACAUCCUACAAUAUGAUAACAAUGGAAAUGGCAUGAGGGAAAAUAUCACUGCAUCUUCUGAUGAGACAUCAGUCACACAUGUGGUCUCUUCACUUACUGUUGGGACAAGAUAUAAUUUCAUUCUCUUCACUGUGUUGGAUGGGGUCACUAGCACUGGACGCCCAUUUGAAGCUGUCACAGCUCCUGAAAAUGUGAUUUCUGUGACUGUGGUGACACAAAAUGAGAGCAGUAUAACUCUGAAGUGGGAGAAAGUUGACAACAACUCAACAUACAUCCUACAAUAUGAUAACAAUGGCAAUGUCAUGAGGGAAAAUAUCACUGCAUCUUCUGAUGAGACAUCAGUCACACAUGUGGUCUCUUCACUUACUGUUGGGACAAGAUAUAAUUUCAUUCUCUUCACUGUGUUUGAGGGAGUCAAUAGCACUGGACACACAUUUGAAGCUGUCACAGUUCCUGAAAAUGUGAAUUCUGUGACUGUGGUGACACAAGACAAGAGCAGUAUAACUCUGAAGUGGGAGAAAGUUAACAGCAUCUCAACAUACAUCCUACAAUAUAAUAACAGUGGCAAUGUCAUGACGGAAAAUAUCACUGCAUCUUCUGAUGAGACAUCAGUCACACAUGUGGUCUCUUCACUUACUGCUGGGACAAGAUAUAAUUUCAUUCUCUUCACUGUGUUGGAUGGGGUCACUAGCACUGGAUUCCCAUUUGAAGCUGUCACAGCUCCUGAAAGUGUGAUUUCUGUGACUGUGGUGACACAAAAUGAGAGCAGUAUAACUCUGAAGUGGGAGAAAGUUGACAACAACUCAACAUACAUCCUACAAUAUGAUAACAAUGGCAAUGUCAUGACGGAAAAUAUCACUGCAUCUUCGGAUGAGACAUCAGUCACACAUGUGGUCUCUUCACUUACUGCUGGGACAAGAUAUAAUUUCAUUCUCUUCACUGUGUUGGAUGGGGUCGCUAGCACUGGAUUCCCAUUUGAAGCUGUCACAGUUCCUGAAAAUGUGAAUUCUGUGACUGUGGUGACACAAGACAAGAGCAGUAUAACUCUGAAGUGGGAGAAAGUUAACAACAUCUCAACAUACAUCCUACAAUAUAAUAACAGUGGCAAUGUCAUGACGGAAAAUAUCACUGCAUCUUCUGAUGAGACAUCAGUCACACAUGUGGUCUCUUCACUUACUGUUGGGACAAGAUAUAAUUUCAUUCUUUUCACUGUGUUGGAUGGGGUCGCUAGCACUGGAUUCCCAUUUGAAGCUGUCACAGCUCCUGAAAAUGUGAUUUCUGUGACUGUGGUGACACAAAAUGAGAGCAGUAUAACUCUGAAGUGGGACAAAGUUAACAGCAUCUCAACAUACAUCUUACAAUGUGAUAACAAUGGCAAUGUCAUGAUGGAAAAUAUCACUGCAUCUUCUGAUGAGACAUCAGUCACACAUGUGGUCUCUUCACUUACUGCUGGGACAAGAUAUAAUUUCAUUCUCUUCACUGUGUUUGAGGGAGUCAAAAGUAUUGGAUACACAUUUGAAGCUGUCACAGCUCCUGAAAAUGCGAAGGAUGUGAAUGCGUUGACACAAAAUGAGACCAGCAUAACUCUGCAGUGGAAAAAAGUGGAUAAUAUUGUCAAAUAUACACUCCUGUUCAAUGGAACAGAAAUAAAUGUGACUGCAACAGGACAAACACCAACUAAACACACAAUCCCGGGACUCACAAGUGGGACUAAAUAUGAUUGCAUUCUCUUCACUCUGUUUGAAAAUGUCAAAAGCAGUGGCGUAGAUUGCACUGCAGCCACUGUUCCCUCAGUGGUGGAUUUGGUCAGGGUGACUGAACGCUCUGCGACUGCCAUAACCCUGGAGUGGAAUGUGACGGUGGAUAAAAACUGGAGCUAUUUUCUUCAUUUUAAUGGGGAACAUUUGCAGUUUCACCCAGAUAACUCCAGGAAAGUUGUGUCGCACUUUUUCCAGUCUCUCAAGCCUGGAACUGAAUAUCCAUUUAGUGUGAUCACAUCAUUCUUUGGACUCAACAGUACUGCUUAUAAUGACUUCACAGUAACAGCCAUGGACUGUGCUAGUGUAACCUGGCAUGUUACAAACACAACGAUCCAAGGAAUGAUUGAUGGCCUGUUCUCAACUGCAAAUGCCACUUAUGAAUCACAAACUCAUGUUGGUGAUAGUGUCAGUAGCAAUGUGACAUUUACUGGCCUUUACCCUGGUGCAACCUAUAAUGUCACUCUUGAUUAUGAAAAAAAUUCCAAAAUCUUUCGACAGUAUGACUGCCCGGUGACAAUCCUUCCUCCAGAUUUAAGUGCUCACUGUGAGUACUGGGCAGGUGGCUAUUCUGUCUCUAUUGUCUGGAAUAAACCAGAUGGUGUGUGGACUGAAGUGGAGGUGAACGUGACUGGGAAAACUUACACAGUGAAUGAAGAUGGGAAACAGAGGGUCAAAUUAUCUGGAUUCUCACCUGCCAGAACAUAUGAGGUGUCUUUUGGUUCACUGUCUGGGGACUUAAGAAACUCUGAACCAUUUGUUUUUUCAUGUUCUACUGAUCCAAGGGGAGUCAUUGCAGGAGCAGUAGUUGCUGUGCUGCUUUUUGCUGUCCUGGCCUGUCUGGCAGUCUUCAUAUUUCUUAAAAGGCCAGAUAUUAUCAGCAGAAAAAAGUCAUUCAUUGGUGGCUCCAAACUACCUGAGAAAAAGUGCAAAGCUAUUUCAGUGGCAAAGUUUCCUGACCAUUUUCGCCAGUUAAGUGGGGAUGAGAACAGGGGUUUCAGUGAGGAAUAUGAGAGCCUCAUUGCUGUUGGCACAGAACAGACAAAAAGGGAAGCUCUUCUACCUGAGAACAAACCAAAGAAUCGUUUCAAUAAUGUCCUGCCAUAUGAUUGGUGUCGGGUGAGGCUAACCACAUCAACUCCCAAUGCAGACUCUGACUACAUUAAUGCCAGUUACAUGCCAGGAUACAACAGCAACAGAGAGUACAUCGCCACUCAGGGUCCUCUGCCUUCCACAGUCAAUGAUUUCUGGAGGAUGGUCUGGGAACAAAGAGUGAAAGGCAUCGUCAUGGUAACCAACUGCACUGAGGGAGGACGGACCAAGUGUGAACGAUACUGGCCUGCAGAAAGCAAGCCUUGCCUUUACGGGGAGCUGUUGGUCAUCACAAGAUAUGAGCAAGAGGAGCCCAAUUGGACAUUGAGGGAAUUUAUGGUGAAACAUAAAAAAACCUCAGAGGAGCGCACAGUGAAACAUUUUCACUUUACUGUCUGGCCUGACCAUGGAGUCCCACAGGGCACAGGAGUCCUGAUCCAGUUCAGAGAACUCGUGAGACAGCACAUACAGAGAGAAGGGGCUACAUCACCAACUGUAGUUCACUGCAGUGCUGGAGUAGGGAGGACAGGCACUAUCAUUGCUCUAGAUGUGCUGCUUCAGCAGCUAGAGAAAGAAAGAGGCGUGGGCAUAAAAGAGUUCGUGCACAAGAUGAGACUGAAUCGACCACACAUGGUGCAGAUGGAGUCGCAGUAUGUUUUCCUACACCAGUGCAUCUUGGACUGCCUGGAGCCAAUUGAGAAGACUGAAGAGAACAUAUAUGAGAAUGCAGACAUGAUAUAUGAAAAUGCCACUGCACUGCGAGAGCUGCACCAAAAUACCUAA